CCACGCUCGGGCAUCUAGACAUAGGCAGGGGCCCAUCCGCUACUAGUCUCACUCAUCGCUCAGGCUGCAGCAGCCGCAUGACCUCGUCUAUCAGCCCCACCACCACCGACAAGUCAACUCGCACCUCUGCACCACCAUCAGGGUCGUCCGGCCGGCCCCCCACAGUUACAGACACGGCAGUCUCCCCCAGCUGCCGCACCGCGUCCAUGGCCUCCUCCAUGCCGCCCAUCAGCGGCACACCCCAGCUGAUCCCACCAUCACCACCACCUCGCGGCCGGUACCCAGCAGCAGCAGCAGCAGCGGCAGCAGAAGGACGUUGCAUCGGCUGCUGCUGGAAGAACACCAUUCCCGUGGCCCCACCGCCGCCAACGCCUCGGUCAGUUUCUGCUGGCGCCUUCUCCUCGGCUAUGAGUGACGUCCACAUGACGACUGAGUCGAGGGCGACCUCUAGAGUGGCCACGGCGAGGGGCAGCAGGCUGCCCGUCGAGUGCUGGGGCUGGGGAGCGUCUGAGGGGGAGGCGGGGAAGGACGAGGACGAAGCAGCAGCAGCAGGGGGCUCGGCAACGAACGACGGCAGCCGCCUCUGGGUAAGCCAACAGAAAAGGGCAACACGCGUGCCGCAACGAGCCUUCUUCUCAUUUGUGUGUUGGGUGGGUUGGAUGCAUGUCCGCUGACUGACCUGUGUGGUGUGUUCCCUCAGUUGUGCACAGAAGGUCCCGAGGCAGCUCGCCGCCACCUGCUGCAAAAUCGACAGGCGUGUCUUGGCAUGACGCUUCAACUGAUGGACGAAAGACAGGCAGAGCACAACACACACACACAAAAUACACAUACACGUAUCUAUCAGUGAGUGUCAAGGAGACCCUUCUGCGUGUCUGGCUGACCCUGUUCAUUUCGACCUCCCUGAUGUCGCCGUCCCUGGCAGCGUCAUCUCUGUUCUGCGGCGUGGGGAUGUUGAUGUAGUCGCCGGCAGCCGUCGGCUCCCGCGGUGAGCCGAUCUCCUCAUAGCCCUCCAUGCGGAGCCGGCGCUGCCGAAAAGCGAUGGCGUCGCCCACACACAUGCUGUCACUGUCGCUACCUGAUACACAAAUCGAUCGAGACACAUUGUGUGUGCGCAGACAGACACAGUGUUCGUUCCUCUUUCAUUCAUUCUGCAGCCUACGUAAGCAGGUGAGGGCCCGCAGGGUCAGCUUCACGCGGGUCUCCUCAUGGGCCAGCAUCCCAUCGCCUCCCUCUCCCCGGCUCUCCCUUACCGCCACAUUACACAGCGAUUUCAGCAGGUCCAGCAUGCUCUCGGUCACGGCGUCAUUCAGCUCACGCACCCCAGCCGUCCGCAUGUCGGCCGCCUGCUGCUGCUGCUGGUCGAAGAAGGCGGGCGGGGGGUUGGCCGGGGUUUCGGCGCCACCACGAGGCACGUGUCGCGGCGCCAGGAGGCGUCGACACGUGGGCGUUGCCGAGAGCGCCUGCCACAGCUGAAUUAGCAGGUCGGUGGACCGGCACAGCUCCUCGAUGGCCCGCUUGUGUGACGGCGGUGACGCUUUCCCUGCUUGUGACUCCCUGUCCAUGUCGUCAAGGGCCGUGUGCAUGUCGCCCCACGCGCCAAGGGGCGGCUGUGCGGCCCCCUGCUGCUGGGUGGCCGUGCGGAAUCGGCCGUCUAGGAAGGGCAGUGUGGCCAGCAGCUGUGGGUGCUGCAGCAGCACCCCGCUGUGACCCAGGAACCAGUCCAGCAGCCGGUCCGCCAGUCUCGGCUGCGCGCCGAGCUGAUUGAGCAGGGAGAGGAGUGUGAGCAGCAGGGGCGCCAGUAGGGAGGGCGACACCAGCUGCUGCAGGUUGUCAAGGCCUCGGAUGAAUGGCGUGGGGAAGGCGAUGGCAGCAGUGCCGUCGGCGAAUGACUGGCCAUGGCCGAGGUGUGCGCGCAGGAGCGCGACGAGCGGCUCAAUGGCAGCGUCCAUGGUGAGGUCGAUGGCCGCCGCCUCCAGGAACUGCCGGUGCAGCAGCGACUCGGUCAGCAACCUCUCCACCGACACAUACGUCACUGUGGUGGCACGCUGCAAACAAACAUGGACACACAUGACAGACUUAUAAGGCGAUCAUGGCAUGGUGUCCCUUAUUGCUGUCUCAUUCAGCGAGCCCACCUGCAGGACGAUGGACAGCAUGUGUGCGGCCCCAUGGAAGAAGAGUCGUUUCUCGGUCCUGUCCCACCGCCCACCCAGACCAGCAUCGUCCUCAUCCAGGCCGGAUGCAGCCUCCCACCUCACUGUGUCGGGCUCAAAUGCAUGCCGCACCACCUGCUCAACCAGCCGCCACAGCGACGGCGUCCGCACCAACACCCCACACAGCGACCCAUCCACGGUGGUUCCACCACUGCCAACGCCUUCCUCCUGCUGCUGCUGCUGCUGCUGCAGCUCGGCCACGAGCAGCGUCCGCAGCACGGCGAUGGCCUUGAGCUGCACCUGGUGCCGAACGUCCCCCGUCGUGAGCGGCAUCACUGACUGCUCCUCCGCGCCACCGCUGCCCAGCUUGCCCAGACCACCUGCCCCCGACUCUCCUAAGGGCUGUCCGAAAGGAGAUGACCAGUCUGGUGGCUGGGACGGAACGCUGAGCCCGGCCUGUGUGUGGGGGCUGUCGAGCUGCCCGGCCGCGUCUUUGAGGAUCAUCUCGACCAGUUCGUGGCGCCUCGCCGCCAAGGCCGCCACCCACAUGGCGAGAGUGGUCUGGGGGCCGGCCUGGACGUGCUGGCCUGUGUGGACGGGCAGCAGGGUGACGAGGGCGGUGUAGAGGUGCUGGCAGAUGUUGGCCGAGGCCGCCCGGUGGACCAGGGCUUUCAGCAGCGCAUCCGUCAGGGUCUGAGAACCAACAGAGAAAGAACCUCAUGACGCACUGCACUGUCUGGCCCCUGUCAGUGUAUUUCUCUUUUUCUACCUGGAGGAGUGCCCGAGUGAUGUACUGGACAGUGAGACCCUCGUUGCCGAGGGCCGUGAGCAGCUGCGCCAGCAUGGCCGACACCAUCUCGAACUUGAAUGCCACCGACCGGGGCUCGCCGUCCGCCAUCCCCCCACCACCGCCGCCCCCAGUGACCUCCCCCAGCUGCGGCAGAAGUGUCUCGAUGUGGUCCCGCAGCAGCUCUAUCCGCUGCUGCGUCGUCAGGUUGCCCUCCCGCCCCUCGUGCCUCGCGUGGCGGAGGAAGUGAAGCCCCGCCGACAGGAACUGCAUGAGAGCGUGGCCGCACCGGUACCGCUGCCCCGCCGCGUGGGUGUAGCUGUUGUGCUCGUAGGCGUACUUGAGCAUCGGGGAAAAGGGCGACUGCUGCUGCUGCUGCUGAAGAAGAAUGCCGUCCAUCAUGCCACCAGUUGCUGCUGUGGGGGACCCACCGCCCCCACCACCACCCCCGGCCCCCCCACCGCCGUCUGUUGACACCGUCUUGCACCAUCGGAGCACUGCACCAGGGUCCAGGAGGGUCAUGUUGUGGGUGCGCGGCUUCCCCCCGGCCGUCUGCGAGAGCUGCAGGGCAGCUGACUGCAUGAAGCUCCCCCAUGUGUCGCCAGAGGGCCGCCCGUAGUCGGUCCACAUCACCGGGGGCGGGGGGGCCGGCCCUGGAGGCACCAGGUCAUCGAACGCAUUGCAGAGGUCCACGAUGGCCGAAGUGAGGUACUUGCCGCGGCCGUCUGCCUGUGCGUAGCCGAUCUCGCCGCCUCCCAGGGCCACCGCCACCGCGGUCUUUGUCAAGAGGUAGACGAGCAACUCCUCAAUGUGCGGUGUCCUCUCGCGCUUCUGCGCCACAAUGAGCCGCUGUCGCGUGUUGAGCUGGACGUCUGGUGGGGCGUUGAGGGCCUCGGUUGAGAGGUGCAUCUCCAAGGCCAGUAUCUGGGCCAUGCCGGCCAGCUGGGCCAGGAGGAUGGGCCGCAGGGGCCAGAGGACGCCCGCCCACUGCAGCGACAGCAGGAGGUCGAACUGGGACCACUGCGACUGCCACUGGAACCACACCAUCCGCAGGGCCACGUCGGCGCACUCAGGGAUGGACAGCAGCCGCACCACCACCUCCACCGCCAGGGCGUACACCCGCUGCUGGCUCUCGGCGACCGACAGCAGGUCGUCGGUGCUGAUGGGCUCUGCGUCGGUGAUGAGCGGUGGCGGGGGCGGGGGGACCUGCAGGAUCUUCAUGAUGGCGUCCAGGCAGUUGCGGUCUAGGAAGGCCUGCGACAGCUCGAACCGCUUCUCCAGGGGGUUCACGCCCGCACUGUCGGACCGCCACUCGUCCACCUCCAGCCCCAGCACCCGGAAGGCCAGCCCCGCCCCAGCCACGCCACCUCUAAUCGCCUUGUGCAGGUAGUCGGGCCCUAUGCCGUCGAGCAAAAAGUGCAGCACCAGCUCGCGGAUCGACGUGCGUGUGAGGCACGCAGGGGUGUCGCACUUGAGUGGCGUGGACCUGAUGACCUCUGAUGGGUCGUUCGGGGGCAGGGUCCAGAAUGAGGGGAGGGGCAGGGUCGUGAGGUACCCGAUGGACACGUACCGAUGAUCACGGCUGGAGAGGGACACCGCAGACGACCCCCUGGUGGCGGACUCGUGCAGCGCCCAGGUGGCGAGGUCGACGGCCUCGACGAUGGCGUCCUCAUCCUCGUUCCACUUGGCCUCGAGGGCGGCAUGGAAGGGCAGCGACGUGAAGCUGCUCGUCGCAGACACAUGGGGGUCGAACCGCUCGCCCUCCUCUAUUGAGGCCACCUCAAUGGCGAAGGUCUCCCUCAUGCCCAUGUCCCACUCGUGCGGCUGGCUGCCCUGCGGCAGACGGCUGGGUCGGCCGCCAUAGGGGAUCCCCGCCGCCGCGGCAGCGGCGCUCAUGGGCUCGAACAUGCUCUGGCCGAUGGAGGGGUCGAGGAGACACUCCGUGGGCGGUAGGGCGCCGUAGUCCAGCCCCCGGUCGCUAGAUGCGUCGGUGAGAAUGGCCUGGAGGGUGGGGGUGAGCUUGGUGAGUAGCGAGGGCAGCUGCAGCAGGACCGUCGUGACGCCCUCGGUGUCGCGGAGGUGCAUCUGGUGCAGCAGGUAGACCACCGACUUGCCCACGUUGGGCCGCACCAUCCCCCGGCCGUCGUACAGCACAUACUCCAACAGAUAGGCCGCAAAGGGCGGGGGCGGGUUGAGCUGCUCCUGCAACCGCAUCCCCGCAUUCGGCUCUCCCCGCUGACUUGCCGCCAUCUGGCCCCUCACGGCACGCGUGAAGACCGCCUCCCGCUCCAGCACUCCGUGGAUGGGCCGCAGGCUCGUGGGGUCGCCGACCAUGAGGUCCAGCUGGCUCUCGUUGACACCCAGACCGAUGGGGAUGGGCGGCAGCGGGCCCGCCGCUGCUCCAGGGUCGCCCUCUGCGGGGGCCGCGGCCACGUUGUAUUUGUGGUGUGAAAAGAAGCGCUGGUAGAAGGCCAGGAAGAGUGUGUCCCGCUGGAAGGCCAGCCGCAGUAUGUCCAGGCCGACAGCCACCGUCUGCUCCAUGAACACCUGGUAUGGCGCCGGCCUGCCCUCCCUCUCGGCCAACGCCAGGUACCCCGCCCCGUGCAGACACGUCAGUGAGAGGAUCUGCCGGCACACCUCGCCGUCAGGUGUCAGCAGGGACCGCCACAGGUAUAUGACGGCCGCGUCGGCCUUCUGCGUGCUGCCGUCGACGAACGGCUCGCGAGUGAUGGCGUUGAGCUGCUCGCUGUCCACCGGCGGCAGCGGGCCCCGCAGCACAAGUCGGAGGUACCUCAUGCAGAGGGCGGCCAGGCUCCAGUACCUCACCGGCCGCUGGAUGAGGGCGGGGCUGCUGAGCAAGCGGAGCAGGAAUCGGUCGACGAUGGUCCUGGUCAGCUGGAAGAGCUCCAAUGAGUACCUCCGUCGGUAGCCGACGAGCAUCAGCAGCGUGACCACAGCCGACAUGACGGCCACGGCCAGGUGCCCGUUGUCCUCCUGCCGCUCGGCGGCCUCGGCCGCCUCCUGCACCAGUGCUGGCCAGUGGUUGAUCAGGUGGUCGAACACCGAAUACGCAUUGACGGGGUUGGCCGCCACCGCGGGCAGCGCUUCGACACACACCGCCUUGAGAUGCGCCAGGUGUCCGCCGUUGCCCCCGCCGCCGUCCGACGUCAGCCACAGGACACUGAGGAUGGGCUCCCACGCGUCUUUGAAGCCGAAGGCCUGCAUGGGGGCGGGCUUGGUGAGCACAGGGGGCGGCGGGGGGAGGGAUAUGAGCAGCCGUGUGCUCCACGCAGCGCCAAUGAGUCGGAAGGUCGACAGCAGGGCCAGACGGGUGCCGAAAGGCAGGUCGCGGGGGUGGGGUGGGGCCGCCAUCUGGUCCUGUUGAUGCAUCAAUGGCAUCAUGGGAUCGACGUAAUGGCCAUGGUGGUGACCAGUGGCGAUGGCCUGCUGCUGCUGCUGGCCACAUAGCUGCCGCCAGAGGUACUCGAGGAUGAAGUCCAGGCGGAACCACAGCUGCUGCGCACUCAGUUUCUGCCCUGUUUGCUUUGCCGCGGCCUGGGGCCCUCUGCCGAUGACCGUCGCCGCCAGAUCCAGAAUCUCCCCAUGAAGCAUAGGCAGACCGGGGGCUGUCUGCUGGUGCUGGUGCUGGUGGUGUUGCGCAGCGGCCCACCCAUAUUGGUCGUACAGUGGGGGCAUAUGGGGGUGGGGGUAUUGCCUAUGUCUGGUCGUCUCGUGUGGGUGUGGUGAGUGGGCCGGGGCGGCAGCAGCGGGGUCGGUGUGCGCCUCGGGCGGCAUGUGGAAGGAGUCGAUGGCGGCCAGCAGGACCUCGGCGAAAGCGGCGCACGCAGUGGGGUGAAGGCGGCAUAUCUUGUUGACGGUCUGCAGGAGGGAGAUCUGCAUGCUGUCGGGGGGCAUCUGGCGGCUUCGCACCGCCGUGGUCUCGAUGCGCUUGAUGUCCGACCACUUGUACAGAUGCAGCAGAAUGGUCCUGGCACACAAGCAAACACAUAGCGGGGGGGAUCUUGUCGCUCUGUGUGUGUGUGUGUGUGUGUGCCCACUUGAAGAGCUCGCUGAAUGUCAGGAGGGAAAGGUGAGAGCCGAAGUCGGUGCUGGGCACUGAAUAUGACAACACACACACACACACUCACACAGACGUAUACCAGAGGCUAGGGCAGGGCUGUGUUGUGUAGCUAACGUACGUAUGAGUUGGUCGCGAAUGAAGUCGAUAAUCUGCCACGUAACCACACCACGGUGGAAUCGGGCACGUUCUGCACCGCAAGAACAGAACAACACACCCCAUGGUCAUUCCACUGAUACGUACGCCUCUGUGUGUGUGUGUGUCCCUGACCUUCCAGGUAGACCCCCACAACGACGAAGCUAACAAGGCGGCCGAGAGGGGUCUCUUCAGACCACACUAGCGCCUGACACACACCCCAUGUGCACACACACACAUUGAAUCGGGCACUUACCGUUCCGCGUGUGCCCCUGAUUCUCUGCAUGAAUGGUGUGUCCUGGUCCCUCUGCUGCGGCGCCCACGGCGCAGCCGAUGGCUCGGGCGGCUGGAAACCGUGGAGAGAAGAAUCGGUCUGGCCACACACACACACACACACGGAACCACUGUCGGAAUUAGAAUCCAAAGGAGCCUUCCUCAACUGACCUGCGGUGACGUCUGUGGUGAGGGCGCUGCAGCAGCAGCAGCAGCCUGGUUGGGGGGAGGGGUCUCAUAAACCGGAUGAGUGGGCUGGGCCUGACAACAGCAGAGAAGGGCGAAAAGUGUGAAAAGCGUGUUCAGCUAGAUGGUUACCCUGUCUCUGUCCCAUCGCUUGACAUCGGGAUGCAGCACAGCCAGCAGCAUCACCGCCAGACGAACACUCAGCUACACUCACAGGUCAACCAGACCAGCCACACACAAACGAUUUAUUCUUCCCAUCAAGUCAGUAUUCUUCCCCUCCUCCCUCUCACCCACCCCGUUGUGUUGUAUCCCGAAUGCCUCGUCAAACUCCUGAGCUGUCGGCUCACCAGAAAACACCUGUAAUGUAAUGACACGCGGCCACACCCACCCGACAGACAGUCACGCCUUCUACGCGUGUCAGGGGUUGUGUGGUGUGGGGUGAUGUGUUGUGGUGAAUCACGCUGACAUCGUCUUCCAGCCUCUCCACAGCCUGCGGCACCAGGCGGAUAAGCAUAUUGACCUCAGCCUCAGUCGCGUGGAUGUGGGAGAAGAAACCAAACAAGGCCGACGACAGCAGCCACACGAGCUUCUGCGCAAAGUAGCGGAAGUAGGGGCCGCUCUCAGCGUUGCCAGCACCUGAAAACCCAACACAAACUCAUGUAUUGAUACAGCCAUGCCAUCCCUAUAUCGCCGCAUGAGUGUCGGGCCCGCCGACCGGUAAUGUCAGCGAUCAGCGUCGAUAUGGCCUUGAUAGUGUUUUUGACGAACUGGUGGCGAGCCAGGUCGAGGAAGAAGGCCGCAGCCAGCCGCUGAGGGCCGGGGACGACUCUGAGGUCCACUGCAAGCCCCUCUGCCGCCUCUCCUGUGUCCUCCGGCUCAGUCCCCAGCUGACCCCGGCCACUCACCGACAGACUCUGCACCCACACACAAGACAAGAGCCAGACACAUCGACUCGCAUGUGUGAGGUGGCGUGCGUCUGUCGGCCUGUCUGUCUGUCUGUCUACCCACCACCCACCUCGGCGAGAUCUGCAAGGCACAUGCCGAUGAAGAGCCGCUCCCUGUAGUACAUCUGCUCGCAGGCCAGCACCAGGUCGCUGCGGCACUCGGGCACCCUCACGGCCGCCUCGAGAAGGGCACAGCACUCGUGCUGGUGCAGCUGCAGCUUGGUCGACAGCCGGUGGAUGACCUGCUGCAGCUGGCUGGCGUCGAAGCUCUGCAGCAGAUCUCUGUGGUUGGUCUGGAUGUGUGUGGCGAGGGCCUGUGGCGUGAUGUUGUCGUCUGGCGGUAGGGACAGCCAUGGGUUGCGGCAGUACUCCUUGUGCUCGAGCAGCGAUGAGUAGGCGGCCGCCUCCGCCCUCUCGGGCGACUCGAGCGGAGCGCCCUGCAGCAGAGGGCCGAGGACCUCCGAGUGGAGAUGCUCAAAGCGGCCACUCGCAAACAUGCUCAUCAGUCACGCAGCAACGUGGCUCAGCGGGAAGCGUAUCAGCUCAUGGUUCAGUUCAGUAAGCUGGCCGCUUCAGUAAGCUCAUGUGUUUCAGGAAGAUC